AACACAUGGAUGAAGUCAGCGAGCCCGUCGGACGCCUCGAAAAAGCAAUUCAGAGAAAUGCGAAUCACGAAGGUGGACAGAGUGUCGCAGUCGGAGUUGGAGCCGGAGUGGGUUGUGUCCUUGUUCUUGCUGUUGUUGUUGGUUUGUUGGUGUGUAAAAGAAAACGGCCAUCCUCACCGACUUGCAACGAAGCCCCGAAAAAGAAAAGGGGAUCAGAAGAGAUGAUUUGAAAACCUGAAUGUGAAACACUGAGAAUCCUGGCUACGUGUAUAUAACAGUGUGAUUCCACUUCUCAGAAAAGGGGACCAUGAAUAUUUCUCUGCUGUGAGAAACUAAAAAAGCAGAUGCAGGUCAUGAGACUGUCCACAAAUAUGUAGCAUUAAGCACUUUAUUCCUGUGAAACUGACCACUAAUCAAUUUAACAAUGACAGAGCAAGUUUUAUUUUUGUGUUGAUUGAGAAUGAAACCUCUUUCUCUUUAAACUGUGGAGACUGGAGGUUCGACUCCAUGGGUUUGUGGGAUUUUGAUCACAUGUCAGUAACCAUGACUACGGCACGUGAACAUGAGGAUUUGGGGUUUAGCGUGUCUUGUGUUUAGGUCUAAGCCAGAGAUCUUUUUUUUUAUAUAUAUUACUCAGAUAUAUGUACACAUCUCCCUUUUAAUACUAAUGACAUGUGUAACACUGACUUUUAAUAAGAGUUCUCUUGUAAUGUGAAGAUUUUCUGUAGCUUUCUCAUGUUCAUGUUGAUCUUUCACUUUUGUUUCUUGGCAAUGGCCACAGAUUUAACCCCUACGUGUACAGCAUUAUGUUCUGAUGUUAAUAAAACACUUCAAUCAGC